CUUAAGCGCCGGUUUGUGAUGACCGCUAUAAAAUAAAAAAAUAAAAAAAAUACAUACAGUUCUGAGCUAAUUUUGAAUUAAAAAAAAAAAUUUGUAAAAUACUCAAAAAUUAUUAAAAAAAAAUCAUCAUGUUGAAGUGCCAGUGCACUCACAUAUUAGACGGAUGUUAAGCAAAAGCCGUUAGAGUAGUCGAGCGCCAAUCAAAGCAUACAUUUAGGCGUACUUACCUGAUCCCCACAACUGCUCACCUACCUGUCAAUGAGUGUUGUCAGCCAAGUGGCGGACACUGAAAAGAGCGUUAAAUAUUUUUGGCUGUGUAUUUUGCAGUGUGUGUGUGUGCUAAUGCAGUGCGUAGAUGGUUGGUGUUGAUUUUCGGUUUGCGAUCGUCAAUUUAUUCUAUUGGCAAUUAAUAGGCGCACAAGCUCUAAAAUAGUGGAAACGAGAAAAAAUCGUUAAACUUGAAUCGAACAUUAUAUAACGCGGACGAAAAUUAAAACUUACUUCAACUCGAUUUAUAGAAAACGAACGAACGAAUAUCCAACGUUUUGAUGCGAGCGUUUCGUGAAUCGAGAAUUGUUCGAGCACAUGUGCGGGCUACAUUUUAAAACGCGAAAUAGUCCGUCUCAAAAGACGUCCCUACGCUGGGGCGAUAGCUGCUGUCUACUAUAAAUGAAAAUUUUGUGUGCGCGGCUUUUACUUACAAAAAAAAAAAAUAAUCCAAAAAAUUCAUAUCUCCAGCGACAAAGCAGUAAUUAUAUAAGUGGCUGAAACGUCUCACGUCCAGUCUUAACUCCAGUAAAAUCGUCAAAUUUAAAAAAUCAAAGUAGCAGACAUCGAACAAAUUUGAAGCGUUUAAGCUCGAAAGCUUCCUUUUCAGUCAUGUCAAUCGCAAUGGCAGCUAAAUAAAACAAAAGCGGACUUGAGCUCGGACAAGGUCAAUACUCAGUCAUACAAGAGAUCAAUACUCCAACUGAAUUAAAACAUUCCGAUUGAUAUAAUAAUUUUGUGAUUGUACACGUUUCAAGGAACCGCAACCUACUGCAAAAAUGAUUAACAUCGCUGGUGUUGUGAGCAUUGUGCUCUUCUAUCUGCUAAUCCUAAUCGUUGGCAUAUGGGCGGGACGUAAGAAGGCGGCCGGCAAUGAUUCCGAAGAGGAGGUGAUGCUAGCAGGACGUUCCAUUGGCCUUUUUGUUGGCAUAUUCACAAUGACCGCAACUUGGGUUGGUGGUGGCUAUAUAAACGGUACAGCGGAAGCUAUUUACACGUCGGGACUGGUAUGGUGUCAGGCGCCGUUUGGUUAUGCUUUAAGCUUAGUUUUCGGUGGUAUUUUCUUUGCUAACCCCAUGCGUAAGCAAGGUUACAUCACAAUGUUGGAUCCGCUACAGGACUCUUUUGGUGAACGCAUGGGUGGUUUACUUUUCUUGCCAGCACUUUGUGGUGAGGUAUUCUGGGCUGCAGGAAUUCUAGCUGCUUUAGGCGCCACAUUGUCCGUCAUCAUUGACAUGGACCAUGGCACUUCGGUGAUACUUUCCUCCUGCAUUGCUAUUUUCUAUACGCUUUUCGGUGGCUUGUAUUCGGUAGCCUAUACCGAUGUCAUACAAUUGUUUUGCAUCUUUAUUGGACUAUGGAUGUGCAUACCCUUUGCAUGGGCCAAUGAUCAUGUGAAAAGUUUGUCUUCGAUGGAGGUCGAUUGGAUCGGUCAUGUAGAUCCGCAAAAGCAGUGGUUCUACAUAGACUAUGGCCUGUUGCUGGUCUUUGGCGGUAUACCAUGGCAGGUGUAUUUCCAACGUGUAUUAUCCAGUAAGACAGCUGGUCGCGCUCAGCUGUUGUCCUAUGUUGCGGCGGCAGGUUGCAUCCUAAUGGCAAUUCCACCGGUACUCAUUGGCGCUAUUGCAAAAGCCACAGCGUGGAAUGAAACCGACUACACUGGCCCCUAUCCAUUGACUGUCGAUCAGACUAGCAUGAUUCUACCCAUGGUAUUACAGUAUCUCACACCGGACUUUGUAUCAUUCUUUGGCCUGGGCGCCGUCUCCGCAGCUGUCAUGUCUUCGGCUGACUCUUCUGUACUCUCGGCCGCCUCGAUGUUUGCACGCAAUGUUUACAAGUUGAUUUUCCGUCAGAAAGCAUCCGAAAUGGAAAUUAUUUGGGUAAUGCGUGUUGCAAUUAUAAUUGUGGGCAUACUUGCAACUAUAAUGGCGCUCACAAUUCCCUCCAUUUAUGGGCUUUGGUCCAUGUGCUCCGAUUUGGUGUAUGUUAUAUUAUUUCCACAGCUUUUGAUGGUCGUACAUUUCAAGAAACACUGCAACACUUAUGGCAGUCUUUCUGCCUACAUAGUGGCUCUGCUUAUUCGUUUAUCGGGCGGCGAGGCAUUGCUCGGUCUACCGGCUCUUAUUCAUUUCCCCGGCUAUGAUGAGGAGUCACAAACUCAGUUAUUCCCCUUCCGCACCACGGCCAUGAUAAUGAGUCUGAUAACACUGAUAGGAGUCUCUUGGUGGACAAAAAUGAUUUUCGAAUCGGGUAAACUACCACCGAGUUACGACUAUUUCCGUUGUGUAGUGAAUAUUCCUGAAGAUGUACAAAGAGUGGGAGAGCCGUCAGAAGCUGGGGAGCAGGUAAGUGUUGAAAGCAUUUCGGUCGAGCGUUUCGUUUUCCAAUGCCAACGAAUGACAGCGCGCGCUAUACCCAAAUCAAUGCGGUGUAAAUUUUGCAGUUUUCUCAUUUCCUCUCGUUUUUAUUCUUGUUUCCCCUUUCACUUUGUUGUCUUCUCCCUUUCUUUUCGUGAAAUUUCAUUUGCUCAGCGCUUGAAGAAGCCCUGUUGGCUACCUGCACUCGGCAGUCGGCACCCGGCACCCGGCAACUUUUCAUGUCGAGGUGUUCGCCUAGCGCUCUGCCCAAGAAGAGUGUAUGUUACCCUACCAUGCCAAAACGGAUGACCUUGAAAAAUCAGCUUUAUUUGGAAGUACUUCAGGCCUAACGAUAAAGAGAAGUCGGACAUUACCUGACCACUUUCGAUCAUACCAUAUGCAAGUUUAGAGCUCUGAUUAUCGCUGUUAGAGUAAAAAUUUUAGUAGAAAGUUGAACAAACCUCCUUCAACUCUACAAACUUGGACCCAGCCGUGAAUAUGUUUAUUGAACUUCUCUGUUCCAGAAACUGCCACACUCAUAUUCACUCCUUAAAGGGAGGUGAGUAGAAUAUAUUCCAGUUGGAGCCUGCAUGGGUUUGCACGUUCCAUUUCUUCAGAUGUGAAGUGGAACUUUGCAAAGACGGUUAAGUGCCUAUACUUCGGGUAAAAGGAGAACCCAAGAAUAGUUAUGCCCUGGUGCGUGCCGCUGAUUACAACAAGGCCAGGCCUUUGCACGCGCUUUAACUUUUUAACUAAUGUAGACUUUUUUACGUUCUGACUAUGGUUUCAAAGCGACAAUAGAUUACCGUUGUAGCGAACCUCUGCUCAAUGCAAUUUCCUCGGUCGCCAAUAUUUGCUUUCUGAAACAAUUUCCUGCCCACGUCUAAAUACUUGACCAGAGAGCACAAGUGAAACGCCAUCCAUGAAGGAAAAUGAGCAGCAAACAAUUUGUAUUCCCCUGAUGAACUAGACGAACUCAGUAUUGUCGGGAUUAACAGCACCGACCAAUUUGCGACUUAUGUGUUUAAGUGCCCCUGGCCAAGAAUAUAUAGAAACUUUCAGCAUAGCCGAUAGCCCGACAGCCUCCCCUUUCCAGGUCAUUCAGGACGUCAUUGUUAAUGACGGCCGAGAGAAAGGGUGAGAGAAUGCCCCUUGCAGAGUAUUUCUACUUUCUCUACACUGGACGGAGGCACAGCCAAAUCCGUUACGACCGUGCUGUCCUAGAGCAUGCGGGAAAUAUUCAAGUUAAAUUCUCUCUCAGUCGAUCCUCAGGAAUUCUGUUUCUUAUUUACUAGUCAGUCAGUCUACUGAGGGUAUUUAAUAGGAUCGGUCUGAAAUAUUUCGGAUACGCAAUCGAAAAAUUCUUUUUCUC